AUGCAUCCGCUUCCUUUUGAGAAGGUCAUCCUACGCAGGAUCGUGCCUACAUGGCAGGAGCUGAUAUGUGACCAUAUCGGCAGGGGAUCGUUCACUAGUGCAGACGUUUCACUUGGUAAAUGCCGCAAAAGAUCUCUGCCUACGGCGGAACGCCGCGUAGGUCUGACUAACGCUUUCCUUAUUGUUUCCCCUGGGUGCGAUCCCAGCCGCCUCCUAUUUUACUUGCUCCUUUACAUCAUAAACCCCCUUCAUGUCUAUGAUAGCCUAUCAUGUAGGUACAGCAUCAGCGUACUGCCCGAUGCUGUGACAGAAAAACCACCCCUUGCUUUGCAAAAUGUGGACAUGGCGUUGCGCUCCCGCAGCGUCUACCGACGUAUAUUUGACCUUGCCUUAGAAUACACUGAAGAGUCUAAGGAAAGGGGAAGCGGGCUUUUAAGGCAUCUUUUUCAAAACAUGAAGCUGAGGCGAGCUGUGGAGGUUGGAACUCGACUAAUUCUCGUUCUAGGUCUGAUGCCCGAGGAGUCCGUAGCAACGGCAAAGCACUUUGCGCAUAUCAUUAAGAGUCUGUGCUACAGCACUGCGGAGACUCCGAACAUGAUGAGCGUCAGAUUGCCGCUACCGACGUUUAUAGAAGGUACUGUUGUUGCGCAGGACAGGGAGAAGAUUUACGUCGAAGGGGGUAUAUACUGCGUGCCUUCACGUAUUUUGCUCGUCGAUCUACUCACGGCAAAACUCUCUCCAGAGCUAGUAAGCGGCUUGAUUAUCGUUAACGCUCACCGCAUGACGCACGACUACAAUAUACCUUUUCUCAUCAAGCUGCUACGCUCUAGAAACCGCGUAGCGUUCAUCAAAGCGAUUACUGACAAUGUCACCGCGAUGCGUGACGACGGGAAACUAACCUUCGUGCUAAAGUCGUUGUUCACUGACGAUUGCUUCAUUUUUCCGCGUUGUAGCACUUGCUUCGAUAGCUUCCUCAACGACCCGAGAGUACAGCCCGAGACCUUGGAGGUCAACCUAAAGCUCAGCGAUAGUUCGAAACAAAUCCACAAUACUAUUGUGCAAGUGUUGCAGCGUCUAGUUGCAGAUAUUCAAAGGCAGUGUGGUCAGGAGCUCCAGCAUUUGGAUAUGAAUAUGAUUAUGUACUCCCCAAAUGUUAACCGGUUACUUGCAAGUGCCUUGCAGAAGGCGCGCAUAGCCGCCAACGAGUAUCACAUCAGGCGUUCAUUGGCAAGUAUAGCCAACUUAAGAAUGCUGCUCGACCAGCUUCACAAUAUGGAUGCACUCAGUUUUCUUGCAUUCGCUGAAAGUAUGAAAACAGCCGAGAGCGAUUCUCAGUGGAUCUGGACAUCAUUUGGAACUACCAUUUACAAAUUAGCAACUGCUAGGGUCUAUGAGCCUGACCCAGAGGCUGGGUCUGGUUUGGCUGUAAAGGUUGAGGUGGAUAAGAAAGGUGAAUACAUACGUCAAGUGCUAUGCAACAAAUAUGUUGGUUGUGAGGAACUGGGAGAACUCCUGCGUUCUGCCAUGAAGUGGCAGACCUCCAAACGUCCAUACAAAACCCCUUCUAGGUAUAAAAGAGUGGUUCAAUGCGCUAAUUUGAGUUUCGACGCUGGGCGUCGUGCGCUGUGCCGUAGGGAGGCAAACCACAUAAUUCGUAUUUGUCGAUUCCUCCAAUCUGGAGGUGUGCUCUGUCGACGGGCAAUAAUCGUUGCCGAUAAUGAGUUCCUAUGCAGGCAACUAAGUUCCAGCCUCACGAUGUCGCUGGACCGUUACAACGAAGUGAAAUUUAUGGCGUACGCCACAAAAUGUGCGGACCGAUUUGACAGCGCGGAGUCCGAGGAGCAGAAAUUCGGAGGCUACGCUCAGGCUCACUUUCACCGUGUCAUGCUCAAUAACCGCAAUGAAACCGACAAGUUGUUACGUCGGUUUGUGAUUUGGUCCAAGUACAAUGACAUCUAUCGCUCGAAUACCUCUAGUAACCGAGGAACCCAAACUGGAUCUUGUCCAACUCAACCGUCGUUUCAUAACGAAUUAUCUGAAGAUGCGUCUUAUGGAAGGGAAGUUGGGACCUACGACGAAAUAGAUCGCACUGGGAGUGGAAUUACACCAGAGCGUAUGCAUCUCAUGGAUGGCGACGUUCCCGAACCCAUAACGGCCGAUUUAUCCGGCGAUAGCGACUACUCUGGCAUGGAAACCUCUCCGGGAAAAAAGGAUGUUUCACAAAAUUCUAUAUCGAGAUAUAUCAACAGAUACACGUUAACCUUGAAUGUCAGUAAAGAGGUGAAGUGCAUCACCCACGUGAUCAACGUCUCACGUACACAGGCGCGUAGCGAUCCACUCAAAGGUCUAAUGGAGCGAAAACUGCUUGAAGAUGAUGAUGAGUCGCUACCGCUAAGUUGUUCCCCUCACGAGUUCUCAUACGUGUUGCAACGUGUCAAGCCGACUGUAAUAAUAGUCUAUCGCCCUAGUGUCAAGAUAUUCCGAGUUAUCGAACAAUACUGCGCGCUGCGCGCCACCGUUGAUCGACGCAAGUACCUCCGAGUUUAUGUACUGUCGUAUUCUAACUGCCUUGAAUCGCACAAGUUCGCGCGCGAUCUUAAGCAUGAGUUGGAAUGCUGGAGGCACCUACAACAGCAGCUUAAGACUCUGCAGAUUACCUUCGACGAGAGCGUACUAUUGCAAGGUCAUACGGAGGCUGAACGGCAAGCGGCGUUGUCCGACAAAUCCGCAACGUCACAAUCGAACGCAUUGGGACAGAUUGCGGAUCUACAGCCUGCCUUGCAUAACGUACCAGCGCCGACUGUGAGGCCAUGUCCACAGGUUCUUGUCGACCUACGUGAGUUUGGCAGUAAACUGCCGUUCCACCUGUACUACAAGGGUCUAAAACUAGUCCCUAUUCUGCUAGAAAUGGGCGACUACCUUCUUACGCGAGACAUCUGCGUUGAAAGGAAGAGUCUCAACGAUUUAAUUAGUUCGCUUAAUACAGGUCGACUUGUACAACAGGUAUGUCGCGCUACAUAA